GGACCCGGCUCUGGGCACCCGCAGCGGUGUAAGGAACCCAGGCGGCGCACGGCUGCAGGCGCGGAACCGCUGGACUGAGGCGGGAACUCGCAAGAGAAGAGGCAGGCGGGCUAGGGACAGCCACCAUGUCGUUCCCGCACUUUGGACACUCUUACGGCAGCGCUUCCCAGUUUCUGGUAUCUGCAAGUUCCAGCGCCACUUGCUGCGAAUCCGCCCCGCGCUCGGUCCCAGAUGUGACCUCAAGCGCCACCUCAGCGGCAGCUCUCUGCUGCGCACCCUAUGACGGUCGGCUACUGGCCAGUGCGCGGCCCGAACUGGGCGCGGCCUUGGGCAUCUAUGGAGCCCCCUACGCGGCCGCUGCAGCAGCCCAGAGCUACCCCGGCUACCUGCCCUACAGCCCUGAGCCUCCUGCGCUGUACGGGGCGCUGAAUCCACAGUAUGACUUUAAAGAGGCUGCAGGAAACUUUACACCAGGCCUGGCACAACCCGGAGCCUAUUAUCCUUAUGAGCCGACCCUGGGGCAGUACCAGUAUGACCGGUAUGGAGCAGUGGAGUUCAGCGGCACUGGGCGCCGGAAGAACGCCACCCGGGAGACCACUAGCACGCUCAAGGCCUGGCUCAAUGAGCACCGCAAGAACCCCUACCCCACCAAGGGCGAGAAGAUCAUGCUGGCCAUCAUCACCAAGAUGACCCUCACCCAGGUGUCCACCUGGUUCGCCAACGCGCGCCGGCGCCUCAAGAAGGAGAACAAGAUGACGUGGGCGCCCAAGAACAAAGGCGGGGAGGAGCGGAAGAUGGAGGGUGGAGCAGAGGAAUCGCUGGGCUGUCUAAACGGUGAUACAAAAGAUGUUACUACUCGCCAGGAGGUUCGGGGGCUUCAGCUGAGUGACCUCGAGGACCUGGAGGAUGAGGAGGAAGAGGAGGCAGAGGAAGAGGAGGCAGUGGCCACAGCUACGGACAGGCUAGCUGAGAUCCAUAAGGACACGCAGUCACUGCGGGAGCCUUGCACUGCAGCUCCAGAGGGCCAGCUGGAGCACAGGGAGUGCAGCUUGGUGGCACCCUGCUUCUCAUUCAGUGAGCCCCCAGGGUCAGAAGAAACUGACUUCCUCCAAGCCAAGCCAGGGAGCCCCACGUUGACCAUGCACUACCCAGGCAGCGAGAAACCCCGCAUCUGGUCCCUGGCCCACACCGCAGCAGCCAGAGCUCCAGCUCCCUCCAGACCACGAAGUUCUGAGUGCCAUCUGAUUCCCAGACAGCCUCCAGGCCCAGGCCAGCGAUCCACGGUUCCCAGAGACUUCACAUGUGAAGAGUCUUCCUGUAUAGCCAAAGCCUUUGGAAACCCCACAUUUGCCCUGCAGGGACUGCCGCUGAACUGUGCCCCCUGCCCACGGCGGAGGGAGCCUGCAGUGCAGUGCCGGUACCCAUCUGGAGCAGAAGCAGGUUAGCGCAAUGGCUGCGAUUUGCGGAAGAAUCUUGGAAAUAAGCCCCCUCUUUCCAACUUACCUCCACGCUAUGAAACUGGGAGACCUUGCCAGGGUCCGGGACUCUCACUUCUCCUAAAAGACAGACACACAGAACCCCUCCUACCGGGCCUACUCCCACGCAGAGCUGGGAGUGGCUGGCAGACAUACAUCUUGUCAGAUCCUGCGGAGUUGGUGGCCCCCCGCACACCUUGGGGAAGGACAAGUGGGAAAGCUGGGCGAGUCUGCUCGUGCACUGACUCAGGUUACCAAGUCUUUCUCCCUCCUCUUGAUACAGGGUCUGAAGCCGCUCCUUCCCCGCUCACCCUCAUUUUGCAACUCCACGCUGACCUGGCGCCUAAGGACCACGUGCUUCGUCUCCCUCUCCCCACUCCUUGUGUCCUUUAAAAAUAAUCA